UCAUAAGCGCUUCUAUCUACGCAGCACUAACCUGUGGUCGUGAGUAGGAAACACUCAACAUUUUUUAUAAAGAGAGUGAAAGUCAGUGCCACGGUCAGUACAGCUAGACCACAGUCAGUACCACGGGACCUCGCUGAUACGGUUCAACAUGACGAAAGACACACUUUCUCCGAGAAAAGAGAGCAAGAGGAAGGAUGAGAGCAAGGAAGGAUACAUAACAAGAUGGAAGAGUGAUACUCCUUGCCCUCCGUGCCUGAAACAAACGUUGCUGCCUUUCUUCUCCGUAAGAUGGCAUACCACGAGGAAAGAAAGCACUGGAGGACGCGGCCAGCGGACACCACUACAGCUACAGCGACGUGUGUGCCAUGGUGCCCCGCGUGUGUGCCGGCCUUAUUGCGGCGGGCGUGAGGGCUGGCGACGCGGUAAUCCUUCUCUCUCCUAACACGAUAGAGUUCCCCAUUGCCCAGCUAGCCAUCCAACUCCUCCCCGCCACCUGUGUCGCAGCGAGCCCUUCCUCCUCCCUAGAGGUGCUGGCCCAUGUGGUGAAGGUUAGCAAGGCGCGUUGGGCUGUGGUGGACGAGAGUGUGUUGGAGCUAGUCGAAAAUGUCACCACUGUGGUUCCUGACACCCUGAGAAAAGUGUGGGUGAUUGGCUCCUCAUCCCGAAACCGCCCAUCAUUCUCCAGACUCAUGAAGACAGAGUGGAUUGCCUGGCCACAACAGGGAGGGGACUCCUCCUUCAACCCAGCAAAGGACGUGGCCCUCAUGCAAUUUUCCUCAGGGACAACAGAUCUCCCCAAGUGUGUCAUGCUCACCCACUGCAACGUGCUCACCAUCUACAUGCAGCACAAGUGCCUCGUGGAGAAUGAACUGAAGGACGAAGUUGUCACUGAGGCACAAAUACUGAGCCGAGUGCUUCUGGUCAUCCCUCUGUGCCACAGUUACUGCAGCCUUAUAUUUAUCCAAACUGUGCAUGUUGGCGGAUGUUCUGUGCUGAUGAGAAAGUUUUCCCCUGACACCUUCCUGCACGCAAUACAAAAGUACAAGAUCACAUUCACGCCCAUCGUGCCGCACAUCAUCGACUUCUUGGUCCAUACUCCCCUGCUAGAGAAAUACGACAUCUCUUCUCUCAAGUCAGUAAUGAGUGCAACGUCUCCACUUGCCGCCUCGACCCUCCAGAACUUCAAAGCACGGGUGAACUGCAGGGUAAGGCAGGGCUAUGGGCUCACUGAGAGCUGUGCAAGCGUCACCCAAAACCACCCAGCUUUUGGCUUCAAGAUGGGAUCAGUUGGACGUGUGCUGCCUUACCAGGAAGUGAAGGUCGUGGUUCCAGGGAGCAGUGUGGGGCUGCCGCCCGGGGAGGAGGGGGAGGUGUGGGUGAGAAGUCCCGGGAUAAUGCUAGGAUACGCCCCCGUUCCCGGCUCUGCCCCCUCUCCCCCAACGCUGAAGGAAGGUGGAUGGCUACCCACGGGAGACCUCGGCCACUGUGACCAUGAAGGCUUCCUUUUCAUCACAGAUAGGAUCAAGGAUGUCAUCAAAGUGAAAGGCUUCCAGGUGUCCUCAAAUGAGAUAGCGGAUGUGCUUCGAGGAGCGGAGGGGGUGGGGGAGGUGGUGGUGAUAGCGGUGCCGUCUUCCCGUCUGGGUGAGGUCCCUCGGGCCUAUGUGGUGCCCCUCCCUGGCGUGCCCGUCCCUUCCCCAAAGGCCCUGCAGGACUAUGUGGCAGCACGUCUACCACAACACAAGCACCUGGCUGGGGGCGUGCAGGUGGUGGACGCCAUACCCAAGAACGCCACUGGUAAGGUGCUCAAGAGGUGCCUUCGGGAAGAGUACUUCAAGGAGUGUGAGAAUAGUCAUGGUGGUGGUGGUCAUGAUCGUGAGGAAGUAACGGCUUUCUUACAGGUAAAUUCUAACGAAGCCUGAAUGAUGAAAUGCAAAACAGUAGAUACAUUCUGUAUUGCACUACGUGUUGAACUCCAGAUAGAGGAAAAGAUUUCUAAUGAGACACUUCCACACCUCACUCCCAAUAACCCCGCUCGCUCUGUCUGUCUGUCCGUCUCUCUCUCUCUCUCUCUCUCUCUCUCU